AUGUCAGCAGGACGGAUUGGGAGCGCGUCCAAAGCUGACUGUGUUUCACGAGCAAUAAGUUCGUCCAACAAUCCAGUCAGUAUCCUGUCCGCCGCAAAACUGGCCCGCCUCUUUGUGUCACAUGUCUUCCGCCUCCAUAGUUUUCCACCUGGAGAGUCUGUGGAAAGUGUUAUCUCAGGGAAUUUCGAUUUCAGACAGCAGCAGAAGGUCCAGGAAGAUCCAAAUGCAAGUGGAAACAAGCAGAAGAAUGUCAGUGGAAGACUGUCAAGUGUUAGAGAAAAAGCAAGGCUCUGGGAAAUUCCCUCCCAAUGUGACAAGGGUUCUUCCCGCACAAUUUCUGCAGGACAACAGAAUCCAAGACAACAACACAAAUUUGAGGAAGUUUCUCUCCAAAGUAGAGACAGGCAGAACAAUAGUUCUGGAGGACAACAGAAUAAAGACCAACAACACAGAUUUCAGGAAGUUCCCCAGCAAUCUGAACACCAGCAGGACUCUUCUUCAGAUGGCUCAAACCCUUACGCUGCCCUGGUGGACUGCCUGCGUGCUACCUGGCUAACAGGAAAGACACGGCCUAUGGAAUAUCGGAGGACCCAGCUAGAGGCACUGGGCUGCUUUCUUGUGGAGAAUAGGUGCGAAAUCCUGCAAGCUAUGAAUGCGGACAUGCGCAGGCCAGCUUUUGAAGGGGAAAUGGCUGAAAUUUCUCUUAUUAUGAAUGAAGUGAACAAUGCACUGAACAACCUGCACUGCUGGAUGACGGACAAGGGUGUGUGCAAGAACCUGGCCACCACACUGGACUCAGCCUUCAUCCGCAAGGAUCCCUAUGGAGUGGUGCUCAUCAUUUCACCCUUUAAUUUCCCCUUUCACCUCACCUUGAUCCCUCUGGUGGGGGCCAUUGCAGCUGGGAACUGUGUGAUCAUCAAACCUUCAGAGCUAAGCAGAUGCAGUGAAAAGCUCAUGGCUGAAGUGCUGCCCACCUACCUUGACCCAGAGGCCUUUGCUGUGGUGACAGGUGGCCAUGAACCAACUGCCAGAUUACUGGAGAACAAGUUUGAUUACAUCAUGUUUACAGGGAGUACCCAUGUUGGAAAGAUUGUCAUGACUGCAGCAGCCAAACACUUGACACCAUUGACUCUAGAGCUGGGAGGCAAAAAUCCCUGCUAUGUGGAUUGCUGCUGCAAUCUCCUGAGUGCAGCCCACAGAAUAGCAUGGGCAAAGUUCUUCAAUGCUGGCCAGUCUUGCAUUGCACCGGACUAUGUGAUUUGUACUGCUGAUACACAAGACAGGCUGAUUCCCUGCUUACGUCAGGUUAUUCAUGGUUUCUAUGGCUGCAACCCUCAGGAUUCACCCGAUUUUGGCCGCAUGAUCAAUGACAAACAUUUCCAGCGUGUCCGAGCACUUCUGGACUGUGGCCGAGUGGCCAUUGGUGGGGAGACAGAUGAGUGUGACCGUUAUAUUGCUCCCACAGUGCUGGCUGAUGUGAAGGAAUGGGAACCAGUCAUGCAAGAGGAAAUCUUUGGGCCCGUCUUGCCUAUUCUCACUGUGUCAGGCUUGGAUGAAGCCAUCCAAUAUAUCAAUUGCAGGGACCGCACGCUGAUGGUCUUUGCUUUCUCCUGUAGCCCCCAGACUGUGAACCGGGUAUUGGACUGCACCAGCAGUGGUGGCUUUUGUGGCAACGACGACUUGAUGCAUAUGUCGUUGGUCUCUCUACCAUUUGGUGGAAUUGGAUGCAGUGGGCUUGGCAGGUAUCAUGGCAAGUUCAGCUUCGACACUUUCACUCACCAGCGUGGCUGCCUCAUGCGCAUGAUGGGCUUUGAAGUAAUCAACCGUGUGCACUACCCACCCUACACUGAAAGCAAGCUGAGAAUUCUGAAGUUCGGUACAGAUGUGAGGCGCUGGAACCCUUGCACCCUGCUGUGA